CGAAAAGAUCACAUAAUGGCCUGAGAGGAGUUUAGCUGAUAAGAUUAUUAUCAGCAGCACUUUUUGAAGUAUGUUGAACACAGAAGGGAAACAGGUUUGGUUGUGAAAAAUCGCUAAUUCUUCUGACGAGAAUACCUCCCUGAGUCAUUCGGUUUCGCAUUCCAUUGUGGCUGCUGUCGCAGGAUAUCGAUGUACGUACGAAGGACAAUCAGCCGUAAAAGUACACAUGUCUUGAGAAGUGAAAAGAUUAACUUGUGGAACAAUGAGCGUCGUUGUUGGCAAGAAGUGCAUUGUAGGCUCUAUGCAUCUGGAAGUUUCCAAUGGUCAGACAGAGAUGAUAGUCGAAAAAUGACUCACGCGGUCGAUUUGAAGGAACUGGCAACCUACUUCGCUUAUGGUGAUGUGUUGCUACGGCUUCCCCGAAUACCAAGCGGGAUAAAGGAAGAAGAUUUUCCGAAAAUGUUUGCUGUACCACACGAACCGAAACUGGACACACAAUUUAGUUUUUUCAUGUGCAGAAACGAACGUAAUCUCCACAGUUGGAUCAAUAAUAUUGCGCGGAUGUUCAAGGACGCUGUUACCUCAACAAUGCAGAAUAUGCAGCCAGGAAUAGCUUGCGACUCUGAUGAAGUAUCCAGCUCCGCAAGUAGUAUCUCGUCCUACGAGCGACCAAAGAGCAUGACAUCCGCAUUGUGCGAAUACGUCUACGCACCUAAGUCGGAGGACGGCUCACCAGCUGCGGCUUCGGCACACUCAUCACGAACAUCCCAGAACUAUCCGAAACCUAUCCUGAUCUCCACUAGUGUUUUUCCUAGGAUUUCAAGGACAGCAAGUUCCAUUCGACACUCUCAAGUGUUCAGGCAAAGGACAUCAAAUUUCAGUUUCCCGGCAGCGAUUGAUGGUCCGCGGAGUUCGGAUUAUGUUGCACCUCAGACGCAACUGGUGCGUAGCUCAGUGGCUCAAACAGAAACAGGCUUGCAGCAACCACGUCCAACAUUUUCGUCUAUCCGAACGAGUGCUGUGGAACUUAUGAGCAAAAGGACGUCUAGAACUGAACAAAUCACUAGCCGUGAAGGAGCUAGAAGAUUAUUCCUGGAAGAAUUGAUCGGUUCCGCUUGGAGGUCCGAAGAUAUGUUUAUAUUUCUCAGUUAA